CCGACUCAUUACUCAGUGUGCUGAAGUCCGGCGCAAAUAUGGACAAUCAUAUUGAGGGUAUUACUCGGAUAUCCGCCCGGAGCCCUGGGUCAAUUUUUUCAAUCACUCACCGGUAUACAAGUGAGUUGAUAUUAAAUGUCCCACCGAAAAAAUGUUGAUUUUCGUAGUGCUGAAUGGCUACUCCGUAAACGCAACUGGAGAAUCACUUACUGGCAUUCUGAGUCGCCCCGAGGUUCACUCCGUCGAAGCUGAUACCGUACAUUUCAUUGACGAUGUCCCCCACGAAGUGAACGAAAGGAAUGCAACAAAGCGUGACGAUGUUUUGGUGGAGCCCCAAGGAUGCGAAAGGAAGCCAAUCGAUGUUUAUGUGCUGAGUACUGGAGUUGACACCCGAUGGGACGGCUGCCUUGCUGCAAAGAGUUUUGGGAUUGCUACCUUUGCUGGUGGUGGACUCCUGGACGUCAUCGGUCUUGGGACAGCACUCGCCGGGCUAGUAGUAGCGGGCCAGUGCGACCGAGUCCGUGCUCUUGGGGUUAAGGUUGUCUCUGAUGACCAAAUUGUACCGGCCGCCCGCUUGAUCGCAGCCCUGGAAUAUGCUGCGGCGGCAGCCCAAAUAAAUGGGAACCCUGCCCUCAUUUUGAUGCCCCUGACCUUCCCCUUCACUCCGGCAAUGAACGAGAUCUUCAUGAAGACCGUCGCUAAGGGGCUGCAUGUUGUAGCCGCUGCAGGGAAUCUGGCGCGUGAUGUAAGGUGGUCCAGUCCGCCGUCUGUUGAUGAAGUCAUUACCAUCGGUGCCAUUGAUGGUCGUGAUAACAAGUUCGCAUCGUUCUCCAACCAGGGGCGUCUCAUCAAAGGUUUUGCCCCGGGUGUUCGCGUUCAGACGCUGGGGAUCGGCGGCCCGGGUGCGCGCGCAAGUUGGAGCGGCACUGGCGUUGCAGCCGCACAAGCUGCGUGCGUGGGAGCCAGUGCUCUAGAUCGUUAUGGGCCAAUGAAGCCUGCUGCACUGCAAUUGCUCUUAAAAAUCCAUGCCGAGAAGGAUGUUUGGGGCCAGCCACCAGAUACCACGGCGUCGAGAAUACGACGUUGGUUCUGACUUUCCUGCACAUUCAUCUGCUACUUCCUGAUGUUGGAAAUGGACG